AUUAACUAGAUAUACGCCCACGCAUCGGAACCCACAUGCACUCACGUGCUUCCGCCAUUUUGAAUAAAAUAGGCCGGUCCACGUUGGAUCGUUGGGCGAGUAUUCUCCUUUAGGUGGGCUCUAGAAUCCCUCUAUACUCCUCGCCAUGGCCUCUACACGUUACCUCCCAGGUGCCACAUCGGUAGAAAUACCGCUCAGAGACACAGACGAGGUAAUAGAGUUAGAUAUUGACCAGCUACCGGAGGGAGAUGAGGUCAUCACAAUACUUCGUGAUGAACGGGCUCCGUUGCACACUUGGGUUACACUUGCUCUGCAUUAUUAUAAACAAGACAAGUGGAGUGAGUUUGAGAAACUUCUCCAAACGUCAAGAACAGAUGCUAAUAUUUCAUAUGAUGACCAUGAGAAGGAUCAAAUGAUGGCUCUUGAUUCAUUAGCUGCCCAUUAUGUGCAGAAGGCAAAGAAAGAGAGAGACAAAGAAACAAAGAAGGAAUACUUCUCUAAAGCUACUCUUUUGUACAGUACAGCUGAUAAGAUCAUGAUGUAUGAUUCGCGCCAUCUUCUCGGUCGAGCCUACCUCUGUCUUCUUGAAGGGGACAAGAUGAGUCAAUCUGAAGCUCAGUUCAACUUUGUAUUGCAGCAAUCUCCUGAUAAUCUUCCUGCUCUAUUGGGAAAAGCCUGUGUCUCCUUCAACAGGAAGGAUUACAAAGGAGCUUUGGUCUGCUACAAGAAAGCCCUGAGGAGCAAUCCCAACUGUUCUGGUACUGUUAGACUAGGAAUGGGACACUGUUUCAUGAAACUAGGCAAUAUUGAUAAAGCCAGGUUAGCUUUCACUCGUGCACUGGACCUGGAGCCACAGUGUGUCGGAGCACUUGUUGGUCUAGCAAUACUUGAACUAAAUAACCAACAACAUGAUUCAAUCAAGAGAGGUGUCGAGUUGUUGUCUAAAGCUUACACUAUUGAUUCGGUUAAUCCAAUGGUGCUUAAUCACCUUGCUAAUCAUUUCUUCUUUAAAAAGGAUUAUGUUAAAGUUCAACAUUUAGCUCUACAUGCGUUUCACGGGACUGAGGUUGAGACGAUGAGAUCGGAGAGCUGCUACCAGCUAGCAAGAGCCUUCCACGUCCAAGGAGACUACGACCAAGCUUUCCAGUAUUACUACCAGGCGACCCAGUUUGCUGCUCCUGGCUUUGUCCUGCCUCAUUUCGGUCUCGGGCAGAUGUACCUCGCUAGACAAGACAGUGAAAAUGCUGCUCAGUGUUUUGAGAAGGUCCUAGCAUCUCAGCCCGGUAAUUACGAGACUCUAAAGAUCCUCGGUUCCCUUUACGCUAACUCCCCCUCCUCUGAGAAGAGAGCCACUGCAGUGACUCACCUCAAGAAAGUGACUGAGGAAUUUCCUGAUGAUGUUGAAGCUUGGAUUGAACUAGGGGGCAUACUAGAAGCUACUGAUACCGAGGGUUCUCUGAAAGCUUACGAGAAGGCGUCACAAUUACUCACUGAGACAGUUGGGACCGACAUACCACCAGAGAUACUGAACAACAUUGGCUGCCUCCACUUUAAACUAGGACAAUACAAUGAGGCACAAUCUCAUUACGACCAGUCCCUUGAUAGAUGCACCCAGGAGUGCAUGCAAGAUGAAGAGUAUUACAAUUCACUGAUGGUCACUGUCAGGUAUAACAUGGCUAGACUCCAUGAGGCUCUCUGUGAGUUUGAAAAGGCGGAGACACUAUACAAGGAGAUACUGAAAGAGCAUCCGCGAUACAUUGACUGCUACCUGAGGCUUGGCUGCAUUGCAAGAGACAGACAGCAGAUUUAUGAAGCAUCAGACUGGUUCAAGGAAGCACUACAGAAGAAUCAGGAUCAUGCAGAUGCUUGGGUACUGAUGGGUAACCUUCACCUUGCUAAGCAAGAGUGGGGCCCGGGACAGAAGAAAUUUGAGCGUAUACUCCAGAACCCCAAGACAAAAGGUGACACAUAUUCUCUCCUCUCGCUUGGGAAUGUCUGGCUAGCAUCAAUUCAUCAACCACACAGAGACAAGACUAAGGAUAAGAGACAUUUAGACAGAGCUCUCAGUUAUUAUAAAGAUGUCCUACAUAAAGACUCUCAUAAUCUUUAUGCUGCUAAUGGAAUAGGUGCUGUUCUGGGUCAUAAAGGCUUCUAUCGAGAGGCUAGAGAUGUUUUUGCUCAAGUCCGUGAGGCGACUGCAGAGUUACCCGACGUAUGGCUUAACCUGGCCCACGUUUAUAUUGAGCAGAAGCAGUACAUCUCAGCAAUACAGAUGUACGAGAACUGUCUUGGAAAGUUUUAUAAUUUUCACAACACCGAGGUCCUCCUUUAUCUAGCUAGAGCUUAUUUCAAAGCUGGUCGGAUCCUUGACUGCAAGACGACACUCAUUAAGGCUCGUCACAUAGCUCCACACGACUCUCUUCUCUUAUUUAAUUUAGCUUUGGUCCAGAGGUGGUCUGCUAGCUCAACUCUUAAAAACCUUCAGAGUACCCUAGCAGACGUCCUGUCUGCUGUCAGAGAACUUGAGAUGGCUCAGAGGAAUUUUGUGUUUUUAAGUCGAGAGGGUGACAGGCUCAAGUUUGACCUUCAGUUUGCAAGUCAUGAGGCAAAGCGUUGUGCUGAUUUAUUAAGUCAGGCGCAGCAUCAUGUAGCGAGGGCUCGCAAGUCGGAGGACGAGGAGAGAGAACUGAGAGAGAAACAAGAGAAAGAAAUGGAGACGUUGCGCCAGAAACAGAUUGAACAAGAGGAAAAGCUUGCCAAGGAGAGAGAGAGACAGCUCCAACUGCAGGAACAGGCAAGGCAAGAGUUCAUUCAAAAGACUCAGAACCUUCUUCAUUUCACAAGAGAAGCCUCCCCACCUCCAAAACCAUCAAGAAAGAAAAGAGGAACUGCUGAUGUGCAAAGUGAUGAUCCUGAGAAUGAAGCAAGUGCUAGUGGCCCACAAAGGAAGAGGAGAAGAAGAAAGAAACAUUCUGAGUCAAGCAGAAGGAAAGAAGAGAGAGGAGAGAAGAGAAGACAAAGGAAGAGGGAAAGUGGUGAGAAGAGACGAAAGAAACAAAAAAGUAAUGAAGAAGAUACUGGAGAUACUGCUGCUUCAGGAGGAAAGGGAAGGAAAAAGAAACGUUUUAUAUCUCAAGCCUUUGUCUCUUCAUCUGAGGAUGAAUCUGGAGGGGAAGAGAAGAAGACAGAGGAGACAGCUGUGGAGGAGAGAGAGGGUGAGAGUCAUGAAGGAGAGGAGGAAGUUGGUGAGAGGUCACUUCAAUCAGAAGAUUCAUCAGAGGAAAGUACCUCUGGAAGUGAAAGUGAAAGUGGAAGUGGAUCCAAUGAUGAAGUAAGACAGGAAGAAGAGGGGAAGGAGGAGGAUGAGGAGGAGGCAAAAGGUGAGGAACCUAAAGAGGGCUCGAGUCCAGAGCCUCAAGAAGACACGACUGCUGAACAAGAGGUCGAGGAGAAGGUUACACAGCAUAAUGUAUCUAAUCGUCGAAGGAUAGAGAGUGACGAUGAUGAAAGUGACUAACAUGAUUUAUACGCUUUGAUUUGAACACACACACACACACACACCAAUUGAUCCAUUAUGCUUUUUUACCUAAUCACUUUUAUUCCCAA